UUUCGGAUGGGUACUGUGGAAUGGGAUCCACGCGAAAGAGACGAUUAGCAUUGCCGAUCUCACGCUCCCGGACGUCCCGUUCCUCUUUGCGGAACGGAUCCGUUACCUGGAAUAUGUUGGGUGGUAUUUUGGCUACAGCGGAGUGCUUGGACUGGCACCGAACUCCCCCCGUGGACAAUGCUCAAAGAGAGCGGGUUGAUUGACAAGGCGGUCAUCGGGCUCAAGUUCCCCUCUGGUCCAUUGGACUUUGAUACCGUCAACCAGCGAGAUGAUGGCGAGUUGACGUUGGGGAGCAUCUCCCCCAAUUUGCCGACGGGCCGUUCAUUGAUCUUUCCCUGGCUGGCGGCAAUCAAGCAAUGGCAUGGGCCACGCCUCUCAGCUCGUUGACAUAUGAGAAUAGGACCUACGAAUGGCACGAGGCGAUGCCUUCUUCCAGUAUCGCCGUCCUGGCGAGCGCAGAUCCAUUCAUCUCCCUGCCACCUGAGUUGCGUGGCCUGCUCUUCGCGCAAAUUUACCAUAAUAUUACUGGAAUGGUAGGCGGACAACCGGAGUUUCCGUGCGAGAUGCGCCUUGACAUGGCAGACGUCACGCUUGAACUCGGCGAAGGCGACAUGGCGCACAAUCUCACGCUCUCGCCGUAUGAUUAUACGUUCAAGGUGUAUAGGUCCUCAGAAGAUAUUGAGGUCUGUGUCUUUGGCGUGUUGAGGAGCCACGCCAGCCAGGUUGCUUUGGGAUGGCCGUUCCUACGACGAUUCUAUACCAUCCUUGAUUGGGAUGAAAGGAGAAUUCGAUUCGUACCCAAGUCGGAUCCAGAAUAGGGACUGCCUGGGGUCCUGUUAUUCCUCGUCUUCAAGAUUCGUUUGCUUUUAAUUGAAAAAAUCUUCGAGGUUGGAUUCUAUCAAAGAAACCAUCGUGUAUACUGCCUGUCCGUGUGAUGAUGAUUGCAAAGGCGGCCAGGCAACAGCAUAAUUUUUUGAAAAACAACCUCCAACAAAGGAGGGGUUGAAAGACUGCCAGGGGAUACUGAUCUAGC